GCCCCAGUAGGUCCCGGCGGGGGACAAGCAGCUGUCAUGAUCUCGACAGCACCUCUCUACAGCGGGGUGCACAACUGGACCAGCGCGGAGCGCAUUCGCAUGUGCGGCCUCAACGAGGAGAGGAGAGCCCCACUUUCUGAUGAAGAGUCUAAAACAAGCAGCUCCCAGCACUUGGGCUCUCAAGACUUUUGCGUCAGCAGCAGCCUUUCCAAGGUGGAGCUCACAGCAGUCAGCGGUGGUGGCAGCAGUGCCCAGGGGCUGGAUGCAGACGGCAAGGUGGAGGAACAGCUUGGUCCCCAACUGGAAGAGCAGCUGCCUGAUCCCAACCCAAGCCCAGAGUGUGUGGGAAAGACUGUGAAAGAAGAUGAUGCCCUGGGCCCUCUGGCAAGCCAGGGGGAUGGCAGAGGGCAAGAGCCAGCAAUCCCCAGAGCUGCAGAGCAGGAGGGCACUGGUGCUGAUGCUGCCCGCGCGCCUGCAGAUGCUCACAGCGACAAGCAGGCCACUGCCCCUACAGCCUGCUCGGCAGCUCCAGGGAGCGAGCCGACUGCGAAGGAGAAAAGCACCCCAAGCACUGGAGCACAAGCGCUGGGAGUGCUGGCGGAGGGGACAUUAUCCGUGGUUGCUUCCAGCUGCAACACCUCAGCCUCCAGUCCGGCUACUUUCACACUGAGUAGAGUGUGCUUUCCCACGUCUCAGGCCCCUGCUAUGCAAAAAGUGCCCCUGUCUUUUCAACCUGGGGCAGUUCUGAGCCCAAGCCAGCCACUAGUGUACAUCCCUCCACCCAGCUGUGGGCAGCCGCUCAGUGUGGCCACGCUCCCAAGUACCUUGGGGGUCUCCUCCACGCUCACCCUCCCUGUCUUGCCUUCCUAUUUACAUGACCGUUGCCUGCCAGGAAUUAUUGCUUCCCCAGAGCUGCGCUCCUACCCUUACACCUUCUCUGUGACCAGACCUUUGACUUCAGAUGCCAAAGUGGUGUCUGUGGAGGUGAGUCAGCUCACCUGCUCUUCACCUUCGAGUGGAAGUGUUGCCCAAGCUGUGGCUGAUGCUGCUCCUGCAUCCACAGCUGGCUCUUCCCUCUCAUCCAGCCAGCCUCCAGCAGCAGCCCCAUGUGGAAGCAGUGCUCCUUCGUCGGGCACUGGUGCACACGCCAGAGCCCCGGGUGCUCCUGAGCCUCAGGCGCAGGGGGCUGCCACUUCACUUUCUCCUCUGAAGUCCCCUCCGCAGCUAGAGCGUGAGAUGGUCUCUUCUCCAGAGUGCAGCGAGAUGCCUCUCGAUCUCUCCUCCAAGUCCAAUCGCCAGAAACUGCCUCCACCCAGUCAGCGCAAGACACCUCCGAUGCCCAUCCUCACGCCCGUGCACACCAGCAGCAAAGCGCUGCUCACCACGGUCCUCUCCAAGUCGCAGCGUGCCGCCCAGAGCACCGGCAGCAGUGUCACCUCGUGCCUGGGCACCACCCCGCCUUUUGUCAUCUUCCCCGAGUUCCUGCGUAACGGGGAACAGGGCUCCUGGGUGAAAAACACCACGCUCAUCAGCACCAUCCCCGGCACCUACGUCGGGGUGGCCAACCCUGUGCCCGCCUCGCUGCUCCUCAGCAAGGACCCCGGCGUCACCUUCAGCAGGGACCCUCGCCACCUUCCCAAGCAGGAGCCUAUUUCCAUCGUCGAUCAGGGAGAGCCUCGAAAUGCUGGGAAUCCCUGCGGGAAGAAAGCCAGCCAGGGCAGUGCAGAGGGACAGCAGGAUCCUGCUAAGAGACUUCUUCAUGGCAGAGUUGCUUCAGGAGCUCCUUUGUGCCCAUCCAAGGACAUCUCUACUUGGAAUCCUGGCCAGGCGAGUGUUUACCCCCGUUGCCCGGUAAAUGGGAAACCUUCCAAUCCUCAGCUUCUGCCUCUCGGCUGGUCUCCUUAUCAAACGCCUCUGCUUUCGAUCGGCAUCUCCACCGUGGGGCAGCUGCCCCCAAACCAGAGCAGCGCCUGCAAGCCCGCUGGGGCAGGGGAGCUCCCGACGCUGCCCAGCGUGCAGCCCGCGGAGUCUGGCACGGCAGCGCAGAGCACACCCGAGGGGCUGCCCAGGCUCCCGUCUCUGGAAGCUGCCUCCAAGGGCAAGAACUGCCGGAAUGUGCCCAAACUGUACGAGGAGCCUGCCAACCCAGCCCCCAUGAAUGCGGCUCCGGCCCUUCAGGCCAGUCCUGUGGACGUGAAAGGGGGAAAGGGGAAGCCAGAAAACCCGCAGAAGAGUCAAGAGGGUGGUGAACCAGAGGCUGAUUCCGGCAAGGAGAGCAACGUACAGACUGAGGCUCCCCCAGGGAGCUGUAGCCUCAAACAGUCGGAUGCAAAGCCUAAAAACCAGGUGCUGGCAGCCUAUUUGUCUCACGACCUGCCCGCAGUAGGGCAGCAGAGCCAGCGAACGAUUUCGGAGGGGCCUGGUGCCCCUGCGGAGAGUCAGCGCAAGGAAGGGGGCUGUGAGGGCUCCCAGGAGCAGCCGGCUGCGGAGCCACCCCAGUGCGUGCGUCAGGUGGAUCUGUGCAGGGUCAAGAAGGAGCGAGUGGAGUGUGACAUGUCGUUCCCUCCCGCAGCCUGCCUGCGAGCUGGGGCUGCUGCCCAGGCCUUUCCUGAGGUCAAGCUCAAGGCUGCGGGCCAAAUCAAACAAGAGGGCAGCGCGCGCUGCAAGACCAAGCGGCAGCAUGAUGGGGAUAUCAAGCAGCCUCACAAGAGACUCAAAUGCAAAGCCCAGGACAGUGAGGAGCCUGCAAGCAGAUCAGGGAGCCGGAACGUGCAUGGCAGGAAGUGGCGAAAACACCACGAUGACCUGCACGAAAUCAGCCAGCGAGAAGGCCGAGCUGGCCUGGGGUCAGUGAAAGAUCACAACAGCCUCAGACUGAAGCGUAAGCGCAGGCGGCCGUCGAAGACAGAGUUCCCAUCACCAGCACAUCGCGGGGACAGCCACGAGGAAGGUUGCCUUGAGAAGAAGCCCAAGAACAACUUCCGUGAUUUCAUUCCAGUGGUGCUGAGCAGCCGGACGCGGAGUCAAUCAGGAAGCAUUGCUGGCUCUUCUGCUGGCUUGACGGGGGAGUGUGAUGCGACUGGUCAGGAGAUUUUACCAUUGGAAGAGGAUCAGGAAGAAGAAGAGGAGGAGGAGGAGGAGGAGGAAGAGGAGGAAGAUACGUCCUUGAAAUGUCGCAAGCUGCGAAAAUCCCACAAGACAUCGCGCUAUCACAGUCGCAGGGCCAGGGACAGGUCUCUGUCAGAGAGGAGCAGCUGCCACUUGCGGAGGGCCCGGGACCAGCCCUGGAGAGUGGAAGCGCCCAGGCAACUGUGGGAGCCCAACGAGGAGGAAGACGACGACAGCUACAUCAGAAGAAAGAAAAGGAGACGGCAGAAAAGUCGGAAAUACCAAACAGGGGAAUAUUUGACCGAGCGAGAGGAGGAACAAGUGGGCUACCCUCACAGGAGGCGAAAAUCCAAAGCAGAUUUUAGGCACCGGAAGCAGAAGGAGUCAGGGCAGGGCAAAGGCGUGGAGCUGCGACUGAGAAGUAGGCUCUCCCCGUCUCCCCGCAAGUCUCAAGGACGCGCAGACUUCCGAAAUGGCUUUUACCUGGAGCACUCGGAUGGCUCUCCCACCCAAGAAGAGCUGGAGAAGCCAUCAGGAAAGCGCAAAUGCAAAACCAAACACCUGGCAGGGAUCUGUGACGAGGGCAAGAUGAAAGGAUGCUGGAAUCAGCCCAAAACGCGCUCUCCGAAGAAGCCUCAGGACUCGUGGCCAGUUUGUAAGUCCCAUCAGGCCAGCCCAGAGACUUCCCCCGAGUUACCCGUGGCCCAGCACAUUCCUCCUGAAGCUCGGCGGCUGAUUGUGAACAAAAAUGCAGGGGAGACCCUUCUGCAGCGAGCAGCCCGCCUGGGCUACAAGGACGUAGUGCUCUACUGCCUGCAGAAGAAGAGCAGCGACGUGAACCACCGUGACAACGCUGGCUACACAGCUCUGCACGAGGCCUGUGCGCGGGGCUGGAUCGAUAUCCUGCAUAUUCUGCUGGAACACGGCGCCAAUGUGAACUGCAGUGCACAGGAUGGCACAAGGCCUGUCCACGAUGCAGUAGCAAAUGACAACCUGGAAACCAUGUGGCUUCUACUCUCCUAUGGUGCUGAUCCCACUCUGGCCACGUACUCCGGACAGACAGCCGUGAAGCUUGCCACCAGCGAAGUGAUGAAGCGCUUCCUCUGCGAUUACCUUUCAGAUCUCCAGGGCCGCACAGAUGGGGAUCCUCGAACAGCAUGGGACUUCUACAGCAGCUCUGUGCUAG